CGCACGCCUGAGCCCCGCAGCUGCUCUGGGAGGUGCCCAGCAGCCACCACAGUGACAGUGAUGGUCCAGCCCAGCCCAGCCGCCAGGCACCCGCCAGCCCACGCUUCCUCCUAGUGCAGCCCCUGCCCGACACCAUGGCCGCCCUCCUCGCCGAGAACUUCCGCUUCCUGUCGCUCUUCUUCAAGAGCAAGGAUGUGAUGAUCUUCAAUGGGCUGGUGGCCCUGGGCACCGUGGGCAGCCAGGAGCUCUUCUCCGUGGUGGCCUUCCACUGCCCGUGUGCACCCGCCCGGAACUACCUGUACGGGCUGACGGCCAUCGGGGUGCCCGCCUUGGUGCUCUUCCUCGUCAGCAUCAUCCUCAACAACCAGACCUGGAACCUGGUGACCGAGUGCCAGUACCGCAGGGCCAAGAACUGCUCGGCCGCCCCCACCUUCCUGCUCCUGAGCUCCAUCGUGGGCCGCGCAGCCGUGGCCCCUGUCACCUGGUCGGUCAUCUCCCUGCUGCGCGGGGAGGCCUACGUCUGCGCACUCAGCGAGUUUGUGGACCCGUCCUCGCUCACGGCCGGGGACGAGAGCUUCCCUCGCUCUCACGCCACGGAGAUUCUGGCCAGGUUCCCUUGUGGGGAGAGCCCUGCCAAUCUGUCCAGCUUCCGGGAGGAGGUGAGCCGCAGGCUCAAGUAUGAGUCUCAGCUCUUCGGGUGGCUGCUCAUCGGCUCGGUGGCCAUCCUGGUGUUCCUGACCAAGUGCCUCAAGCACUACUGCUCGCCGCUCAGCUACCGCCAGGAGGCCUACUGGGCCCGCUACCGCGCCAACGAGGACCAGCUCUUCCAGCACACGGCCGAGGUGCACUCACGCGUGCUGGCAGCCAGCAACGUGCAGCGCUUCUUCGGCUUCGUGGCGCUCAACAAGGAGGACGAGGAGCUGGUGGCCAAGUUCCCCGUCCAGGGCACACAGCCGCGGCCACAGUGGAACGCCAUCACCGGCGUCUACCUGUACCGGGAGAACCUGGGCCUCCCCCUCUACAGCCGCCUGCACAAGUGGGCCCAGGGUCUGAGUGGGAAAGGCACGGCCCCCGACAUGGAGAUGGCCCUGCUGGCCCCCUGAGGCCCCAACGCCCCCUGAACUGCGUCUGGGGGGAGAGUGAGUCGCAGAGGCCCGGGGUGUGGCUCCCUGAAGGACGGGCCUGUGGACCUGAAGAAACGCCCGCAGUAUGGGGCAAUGGCUUGCCCGGCUGAGCUUAGGCAUUGCAGGCGGGAGCCCUGGAUGCAACCCCAGCGCCAGCCUUCCCCGAGCAUCACCAGGAGUGACUCCCAGCACAGCCGGACAUGGCCCCACCCCAAAGUCCCUUUCUGCUGCCAGCAUCUGGGCAGCAGCUGUUGAAGAAAGAGCCCCCCCCCGGGACCAGCCUCACUCUGACAGUUUCAGGCUUACUGAGGGGGCUGCCAGGCUGGGCGGCACCAGCCGUCACGCGGGGACAGUGACACCGCAGUGGGCUCUGGGGGACAUUGGGCGGUAAAUCUGUGUCCAGUGGCUCAGUGGCCUGCUGGGAAGUGGCCGUGAUGUGCACUGUGUGUUUUGUGCUCUGAAACUCGGAUAAAGCUUGU